AGAAAAACUGCGAUGUUACUGUUAUACAUUAUUGGGAUUGUCACAUGGUCGAUUGCGAAUUGCAAUGGUGGGCCAUUGGAAACACUAGUGGCUGAUAACGUUGCAGAACUUCUAGUCGACCAUAUCCUCAAUCAUCUUACUCCUCCUCGGAUCGCACAUCUCGCCCAUCUCUUGGACGAAUAUGAGAAUCAUCACAAAGCCAAAUCCAUCGCAAAUAGCCUCAACGAUUUUACAAUGAAAGCUUAUGAGUCUAUUGUGCGUGACGAAUAUGAAGACAUCAUUUUCUCGCCCUUCACCACUUACAUGAGUCUCUCGAUGCUGGGUUACGGAGCGAGCGGGCCUACCGAAGAACAAGUACACGCACUCCUUGAACAGGACUUUUACGAACCUCUUGAUGCACAAAAAAAAUUCUCAGCUAUUAUCGAUCUAUUAAAUGGUUUCUCCCCAUCAGAAUUCAAUAUGAAGUACAAAAUUUUCUACCCUAACAUUUGUGCACCUACGCCCUUAUUCAAAAAAAUAGAAAAAAUAUUUCGAAUACAUUCAGGAAUUGUAGAUUUUCGGACAUCACUUGUACAAGCUAAAACAACAAUAAAUAAUUGGUUCUCGGAUAAUAAAGUGGGGCUCUCAAAUAUUAGGUCAACUCAAUCAGUUAUAAACGAUUUGAACGAAGAUACGAACAUGGUGAUCACCAAUGCAAUUUUCUUCAAUCGCAAAUUUGAAAGAGCACUGAGUGUCGAUGUACCACGAUGGUUCCCUGAUCACGAACAAGUACAUGCCAAGCACGAGCGUCAAUAUUACGUUGCAGAAGGCAUUUACAGUCAUGGCGAAAUACCUGAAAUCCACGCCAAGUUUAUCGAACUGCCCUAUCAGAAUAAUGGUGAAAAGGUCAACAUGAGUAUGUUCAUCGUCAUGCCUGGAAUUGACGGCAGUUUUGCUGAGAUAGAAAGUUUCAUCGACAAAAUCACUAUGGAAAUACUUCUGAAGCGUUCGUAUGCUCGAAUUAAAGCCUCGUUUCCUUCAUUGUCUUUUUCAACGGUUCGAGAGUUAACCCUGCCACUGGGGCAUUCACUCAGAGUGCCGGAGAUAUUUUCCCCUGAGGCUGAUUUCUCGAGAUAUUUCGACUGUCCCAAACAGCACGUUACGAAGUUCAUACAAAAAAAUAUUGUUGUGAUGCGAACCGAUGGCGGCGAGUUACAGCAACAAUCGAAUGCUAUUGUGCCAGGAGAAAAUUUGGAACGUUGGGAAACGAAUUCAACGGAUAUUGAAUUCGUCGUGGAUCGUUCGUUCAUCGUCAUCAUCGCUGUAACGAGUCCGAUUCCCUCGAUUCUCUUGAUUGGUCAACGUCAGAAGUAGGAGAAAAAAGACGAAAUUCAUGAUUUGUGAUAAAGUUUUGCGAAGCCACUAGAAUGUAGUUGGAUUAGCUGAUUCGGUUUUUCCGGAGUUUGAAUCCAAAGCGUUUUCACGUCUCACGUUUGUAACGAGCUGGUCAACAAAUGCGAUAUUUGAAUAUAAAAAUCUCGCGCGUCAGGCGAUCCCUCUCCAAAAUCUCUAAGACCUGUCUCUCGCGCAUGAUCAAUUGAUCAAUACUAGCGGUCCUUGCUAAUCGUCAGGCGAAAUCGUUCUCUUUCGUUCCGGGGCCGUCAACAGAACAACACCUCCGAUAUCGCUCGUCUCAAUACUCCGACCAAUAUUACCAGGACGUCCUGCAAAAUUCGCAUACUCGGUGUGGCCACCCGGAUUAAUAACUUCGUUACUUUGAGAGCUGUGAGCAGGAAGCCCCGGAACACAUGAAAGAGCCAACGAGGGAGACCCCGCUAAUUCUUGAGAUAAGCAAUAUAUUUUCUUUUCUUUUGUAACCAAUGCAUUUGUGAAACACGGCCUGUAAAAUUGUUGAAUGUGUGAGUGUGUGUUGAGUGUGAGAUGGGAGGGGUUUUAAAAAGAUCAGGUGGAUUGGACGAAUGGUCUGUAUGAAAUCAAGAAAUGGACAACUUGCGUGUACAAUAAUCUAUAUAUAUAAAUUCACGAGUCCAAGUGUUUUGAAAGAGGUGAACUCAAAUAAAAUAAUAAAUUGCUACACGUUUAUCCAUACACUGAUACGUGUAGGUGAAAACUUUUUGAAGAUUUAUGUUGUGUCGGAUAUUUCUAUGUUGUUGAGAAUAAAGGAUUCCACUGGAAUUAUCACACCUCGGAAA